ACCUGCGCCAGUCGAGUCCCUUGAUCGGCCUUGCGCUGCGGAAGACGCCACCAGUACUAUCAGCUCCCUACGCGGACGUCAACGGUGGCCUUAGCGAAAUAAACCUGAAGCCAAGCCUCCUCACUGAGGCUCUAGCAGACGCGCAAUCCCCCUACAGCACUCGCAAACCACGACGCCAAUCUCGACAUCGACACAUAGACCGCGCACCAAUCGACCAUUGCUGCUUCCCCCAGAAUUUGCAGGACCGUUUGAGGCGCUGUGCUCGAUUCAACGAGUCGGUGAUCUGGCGGGUCGACGGUGACCGGGGGUGCCCAAGGGAUACCUCGAGCGACCAAGACCUCCCUCUGGAUGUUGCCCUUACAUUCUUCUGAAAAAGGGAAGAUGCAUCGCCAUGCCUUCUCUAAUGGGGCAUACCCCUCCCAAGGAGGAAGCACGUUUUCAAUUCAACCUCACAAAUUCCAGCCUCGAUCACAGCCCGCGCUCCGCCGACGGAGGCAGAUGAUCCAGCGCCUGCUGCUGGCGGGGUCUAUCUUCUUGACCGCCCUGUUCUUCUUCUUCCCCGAUCUGCGCCCGAAUCUAGGCUCUGGCCCUCUGAGCUACAUCACCAGCGAAGAUGUGCAACUCGAGACGGUGCGCUAUUACGACCUCAACAAUGUACAAGGCACAGCACGUGGGUGGGAGAGAGAGGAGAGGAUUCUGAUUUGCGCGCCGUUGCGAGAUGCGUCGCCCCAUCUGCCAAUGUUCUUCAGCCACUUGAAGAAUCUCACGUACCCGCACAAUCUCAUCGACCUGGCUUUCCUGGUCGGUGAUUCCAAGGACAACACCAUCUCUCUGCUCACAUCAAAGUUGGAAGAGCUGCAGGCCAAUCCGGACCCGAAACAACAAUUCGGCGAAAUUUCCGUCAUGGAGAAGGAUUUCGGGCAAAAAGUCAACCAGGAUGUCGAGAGCCGUCACGGUUUCGCAGCGCAAGCCGGGCGACGAAAGUCUAUGGCUCAGGCGCGCAACUGGCUCUUGAGCGCGGCACUACGACCAACUCACAGCUGGGUCUAUUGGAGAGAUGUCGAUGUGGAGACGGCACCAUUUACAAUUCUGGAGGACCUCAUGCGACAUAACAAGGACGUCAUUGUACCGAACGUCUGGCGACCGCUUCCCGACUGGCUUGGAGGAGAGCAGCCCUAUGAUCUGAACUCAUGGCAGGAGUCUGAGACUGCUCUCGCACUCGCAGAUACCCUUGACGAAGACGCCGUUAUUGUGGAAGGUUACGCAGAGUAUGCCACCUGGCGCCCGCAUUUGGCUUACCUGCGCGACCCCUACGGCGACCCCGACAUGGAAAUGGAGAUUGACGGUGUUGGUGGUGUCAGUAUCUUGGCAAAGGCAAAGGUGUUUCGAGCGGGAGUGCAUUUCCCUGCAUUUAGUUUCGAAAAGCACGCUGAGACGGAAGGAUUCGGCAAGGUAUGCAAUGUAAAAGACGUCUUCAAGAACGAUUCUAACUGUACCCAGAUGGCCAAGCGCAUGAAGUUUUCCGUUGUCGGUCUCCCGCACUACACAAUCUGGCAUCUUUACGAGCCUAGUGUUGACGACAUUCGACACAUGGAAGAGAUGGAGAAGGAGCGCAAGGCCAAGGAAGCUGAAGAGGCAGCCAAGAAGGAAAAGCUUGACAAGAUCCACGAAUCGUUCGACCCGAAGAACAGCGACUGGGAGAAAGAAAAGGCUGCGGUACAGGAUCUCGUACAGAAAGCGAAGAAUGAGGAGAAGGCAGAAGCAGAGAAGAAAGAGACUCCCAAGGAGGAGCCCGCAAAGGAAGCAGCUCCGGCAGAUAAGAAAGAGGAUGAAAAGUCAUAG